CUCUGGUAUUAAUGGAGAAGAUGAACCUAACAUCAACUCUUCAGCUAGAUUCCUCUUUUUAUCUCUCUCGCUCUCUCUCUUUUAGAUCUCUUUUCGCUCCCAUAUGUCUAUGCUUCUGAGACGGCUCUCGAGUCUCGGACUUGGGAAACCUCAUGUGUCCGUGAGAUCCUCUCUUCUUCUUCACUCUAGAGGAUUCUCAACUUCCUUGCUUCAAACCCCUCCUUGUAGAAUCGUCUUGGCCGAGCCCUGUGGAGGGGAUCUCGGAAAACUUGUGGUAAUGAAUUUAAAUGAACUUGAGUGCAAGGAUUUGGAGAAGAAGGUGCCUCUGGAGUUAGUGGAUGAUGAAGACUCAAAGAUAAUAAUAGGGGCAUCCGGUGGCUGGAUAGCUACUCUAAAGGAAGAUGGAGUGCUGCGUCUCCAAGACGAUUUCAACCCUGUUGCUUCUGAUACAAAUCCGAAACGCAUCCCACUGCCUCCUCUGGUGACUCUGCCUCAUUGCCAAACCAAAAUCAUCACCAACGUGUCAGUGUCCUCAUCUUCUCCAGAGGAUGAUGAGGACUGUGUCGUGGCUAUCAAGUUCUUGGGACCGCAGCUCAGCUUUUGCAAACCAGCCGGUAAGAGUGGUAAACCAGAGUGGACCAACAUCAAGAUCGAAAACCCCUGCUUCUACUCCUCCCGUGUCAUGUUUUCCAAGAAAGACAAUAUGUUUCGUAUUCCCGGAUCUGGAGGCCAUCUCAUCGGUUCAUGGGAUCCCUACAAACCCAGCAAUAACCCCACGUUUCAGAGGUUGCGGUUUAAAAACAUGCCCAAGCUCACCAAGGCUAAACAGAAUCUUAUGGAUUUGUGCUGCAGGAGCGAGCACUUGGUGGAAUCACGACCCACGGGUGAAACUUUCUUGGUCAAGCAGUACAAGAAGACAAUCAAGAUCACCAAGGCUGGUAUCGCUAGAAUGAGAACCAAA